CCGCCACCACUCAGCCCUUCUCGACCCUUCGCCAAAAAACGACCCUCUUCUCUGCUUCUCCAAGAACAGGGAAUUCAGUAUUUUUUUCCUUCCAUCGCCGUCGUCUCUCUUCUCCCUUCUCUUCUCUCUCGCCAUUCCCUCUGUCUCUCCGUCGACGGCGACGGGGAGGGCUGUGGAACUCGUUGGCAACCCUUCUCUCUCUCGUAUCCCUAUCCUACUCUCUUUUCCUACCCAGCAAUUGAAAUCAAUCGACCUUCGAAACCCUUCUCCUCUUCUCUUGUCGCCGCCAGCAAAGACGACCCGACUGAAGAGACUCCUCAGAGCUUCUCCUCUAGCCGCCGACUCUUACUAUCCUCAAUCCGCCGUAGGUCGCUGAAAAUCGACCGGGGGACCUUCGAUCUAGAGGUCCGCCGCCGGCGAAAGCGACGAUGA